AUCGAACUAGAAGCAAGGUCGUCACGUAGUCGGCCCGUUUUACGAGUGGGUCCGCCGUCCCAAGUCGCAGUUCGCCGUCGAGUGUCGUAGGUUUCGUUUCGUUGGGAGACAAGAGAGAGAAAAAAGCCGAGAAAUGUCAGCCAGCCCCGUUGCAAGACAAGCCACACAGAGCCAGAUCAUACCUUCGAAAAGGAUGCUCAUAAACGACCCUUCACAGUUACCCGUCGACUACUCGACAACCCCCGGAGGCACCCUCUAUUCCACAACUCCUGGAGGGACGAGGAUUGUUUACGAAAGAUCUACGCUUAUGUACCUGAGAAAUUCCCCGUUGUCGAACACCCCGCCAAAGUUCCUCGAUGACUUUCCUUGCAGGAAGGGUGCAGUGGACAAGAUCAUAACCAACGGAUUCAGGAAGAGUCCAAGCAAAUCUCCCAAAAAGGAAGACUGUCUGGAACAAUUCGAUAUGGAUAUUUAGCUUCCGUGAAGCUGUGAAUUUGAUUACUGUAUUUUUACCAAGGGCCAUGUUGGUUACUUAAAUGAUUCGCACUGUGCUUUUGACCCAGCGGCGUUCGCAUAAUUAAUGGGAAAACACCUAAAAGGAAGUGUUGAUUUUUAGUUUUUUUUUGUACUUUGUAAAAUUGCAAGAUUUAAGUUUGUAAGUCUUGAAUUGUUUUUAUUUUUUGAGGGUAAUUUUUUGUUAAAAGGCUGUGGUCCCUUAACUAUCAUUAACAGUUUUUUUUGUUAUUACAGUUACUUAAAAAAACAAAAUAAAAUAAAAAUAAAUAUAUAUAAAAACAAAUUGGAUUUGCAUAUGAAAAGACAGAUUUUGUGAACGCUUAGUGAUGUUUAUUAGUAUUAGAACACUUAUUGUAUUAUGCCAAAAGGCAAAUUUUGAAGAAAGCCUUACUAUUAAUGUAAAUGCAACGAAUCCCUGUACUGUUGUGUAUGUAAUAAGAGUUAUGUAAGAAAAAUAGUAAUACAUAAACUAAUAUCAAUUGAAUAAAAGAAAAAACGGUGUGUAAAGGUUCCACUCUAAACGAUAUUUGACAUUGGACUAGAAGUAAAAUUUUAAAUGAAUAGACCUGUGUUCAUUAAAGAUUAUGACUCAUGUUUUUUUUAACAAAUGUUAAUCAUUUUUUCAUGCUACGUUUAUCAUGUGUUGUCAUUAAAAUGUAAAAAAUUGUAUUGUAGUAAUAAAAAAGGCAAUACUGAACUGUGUGGAGAACUAGUCUAUUCAAUUAUAACAUCAUAUUUCUUAAAUACAUUGCAUUCAACAUUUUUAAUUUGGUGCCAUUGCAUUAAAUUAAGCUGUAAGCUUUAUUUGUAAUAGGCUCAAUAAACAUGUCACACUAAU